AUGGACACCGGAAGUGGCCUCACUUGGACACAAUGCCAGUCUUGCAAAAAUUGCUUCCACCAAAAAAUCCCCAUCUACACCCCGGACUCGUCCAGUUCCUUCCAGAAACUCCCCUGCGAUCACUGGCUUUGCCGUUCACGCUUCCAGUGCAUACAGGGGCAAUGCGUCUAUUGGUAUGAGUACGGCGGUGGGGCCAGCACUAAGGGCGUGAUCUCCUCGGAGACGUUCACUUUUCCUUAUGGCAUAGGGCGCGUUUUGACCCUCCCGGGAGUCAUAUUCGGGUGCUCGUCGGAUAACAGAGGCUUCACAUUUGAGAACCCUACUAGUGUUCUAAGCGUGGGAGAACGGAGACUCGGGUUUCCUCCUGGAAAAUUUGACGUGAAGAGCGACGGAAGCGGCGGAUGUGUCAUAGACAGUGGUGCCAUGGUCACUUUUUUGCAAGAGGACGCUUAUGAUCCCAUCUUGCAUGAAUUUGACGAACAUUUUUUCUCCUUUGGUGUCAAAAGGGUCUACAACAAGUCCCGAGAAUUGAGGUUUUGCUAUGAGUACAACCCCAAGUUCCGUGCUUAUACCUCGAUGACAUUCCACUUUUGGGGGGCCGAUUAUGUUGUUGAGCCAGCAUAUAUGUAUUUCAUCUAUGAAAGCGGGGGAUUCUUGUGCGUGGCAUUAGCAUCGUAUACGAAGACUAUAGUUGGGGCAUUUCAGCAGCAGGAUAUGAGGGUCGUGUAUGAUCUUAAUCAAGGCGUGAUCCGAUUUGCCCCUGAAAAUUGUGCCCUAGAAACUGCUGAUGAAUAG